AUGGGUAACGAAUAAAUAAAACCAAGUAUUGCUCAUUCUUCUGAAUGGACAUUUAUCAGAGAAAUCAAAUAACAUCCUUUAUUUGGACAUAUCAAAAUAUAUAAAGGACCAUAAGAUUAACUAUAAUGUUUAAAAACUGUUAUUGUUGAAGAGUCUUAAUAUAAAGAUUAAAUGGAGUCCCUCAAAAAAAUAAUUGUUAAAGAUGUUUUAUCAUAAAACUAACCUAAUUGUUCAUCAUUAGUAUGUGUCAAUCGUUUAGAAACAUAAAAAUAAGAAGAAUUUUGUUCAAAUUAUGUUAAAAUAUAUUUAACAGCCGAUUAUUCAGAUCAAUAAAUUCAAUAACUUAAAGAUCUUAAAUUAUUUAUGUUAGAUGUAAUCCAAGCACUUUAAGUUAUGGAUUAAAAGGGUGUUAAUAAUUGUCAAUUCUGUCCUUCUAAAAUUUUAUAGUUUGGAGAUCGAAUCAAAGUUGUUAAUACAUAAUUAUUUACAGAAAUUUCAGAUUAUGAAUUACUUUAUUUAAAUGAAGUAUCUAAAGAUGAUUGGAUGAUUGCACCUGAAGUUAUGCAUUCUUUAAAAGUUAAUAGUCCUCCAUCAUUUAAUAGUGAAUUAGCUGUUAUUUUUAAUUUUGGGAUCAUGAUGAUAUAUUUAUUAACUGGAGUACAUCCUAAAAAUGCCUAAAUUUAUGAUUAUAAGAAUUUAACACUCAAUGAUAAUUUAUCAUCCUAUGUUCAUAAUCUUGAAUAAUUACAAAUACCAAGUAAAAUAAUUUAUAUUAUCUCAUUUUAGGUCAUAUUAAAUAAUUAAUAUAAGAUUGUGUAAAUGUUAAAGCAACUCUAAGACCAACUUUUAAUUUAAUUACUAAUUAAUUACGAUAAGUCGAAAUUCCACUUUAAGUUUCAUAAAUUAAGAAUGAAGAAAUUGUUUAAUAGAAUAAUUAAAUUUUUAAUCCUUGUUAUGAAGAUGUUAAGAAAGUUUUAAGUGAAUCUCAUGUCAAUAAAAAUCUUAAUUUUCACAAUGAAUCACCAAAUAAAAUUGAUAAAUAAUAAUUCAUGACUGAUACACAAUAAUCAGCCUAAUUUAGAAAAUCUAAAUAAAUUUAUAAUUUAGAAAAUACUUAUAAUUCUAGAGCUUCUGUUUAAUAAAAGUAAUAAAUCUAAUAAGCCCCUCCUAAAAUAAAAACUUAAGCUAAAGUACAAAAAGUCAAAAGUCCAAACCAAAAGCCAAAACCAAUAAGGGCUAAUGCUAAUCAAAAAAAAUGA